AUUUCCAUUCUUCAGUCAAUAGAAUGAAUUAAUUUAAACACCUCUGUGGAAGCAUGGCCCUAAAUCUGGAAUCACUACCAAAUAUUCUACAAAAGAAGUAUGCAUUGAUCCGUGAUCUGGACAAAAGUUUGCAAGAAAUUGUGAAACAAAAUGAACAACGUUGUGAACAAGAAAUAGAGGAUAUCAAGAAUGGUGUCAGGGCUGGAAAUAUUACACCAGAUACUUCACAUAUUAGAUUCUCAGAUGAAGCACUAGAUGAGCAAAAGCAUAGCAUCAGGAUUGCGGAUGAAAAAGUUGCCUUGGCUGUUCAAGCUUAUGAUUUGGUAGAUACACACAUACAACAGCUUGAUCAACAUUUGAAAAGAUUUGAUGAAGAGCUCCGGCGUGAAAGAGAGAAUGCUGCUGCUGCUGUUUUGCCUGCUACAAGUCUUGAUGGCAGUGCGAAAUCUGGAAGAAGUAGUGAAGGUGGAAGAGGAGGACGUAAAAAGUAUCCACUCAUCCUAGAGAUCCUUAUAUUUGGUUUACUUAUAGAUUGCUUAAACUUGUUUUCGUUAGCUGUUAUUGUGCUGUUGAUUCUUGCUUUCACCUUCCUGAGGAAGUCAUUUUCUCUAUUACUUGUGCAAGUUGUCUGAGAUCACCCCAGAAUUGAACUGA